UCUCUGCAAGCUUUCCAUCAUGAUCGAGCCCUUUUUGGGAACUUGGAAACUGGAAUCCAGUGAAAACUUUGAGGAAUACUUGGAACAACUAGGAGUGCCUGUUACAAUCCGGCACCUAGCCGCAUUAGAGAAGCCAAAAAUCAGUAUUAGCACCAAUGGGGAUAAGGUGAGCAUCAAAACAGAGAGCUCUUUCAAGAACUUUGAGAUCUCCUUCAAGCUAGGGGAAGAGUUUGAUGAAACAACAGCAGAUAACCGGAAAGUGAAGAGCAUCAUAACACUAGAUGAUGACUCACUGGUCCAUGUCCAAAAAUGGCUUGGUAAAGAGACAACAAUCAAAAGACACAUUGUAGAUGGAAAAAUGGUAGCGAAACAUACCAUGAAUAAUGUUGUCAGCACACGAGUCUACAAAAAAGCAUGAGGAAAGUGUCUACAUCAGAGAAAACGUGCUCACUAACAGAAAAUGGGGGCUUGAUGAAGAUAUGCUUCAGGGCCAAUGAUUUUAAAAAUUGCUUCAUAAAAAUUUGCUCAAUAAAAGCAUCAAAUUCAGUGUAGUUUGGAGCUGUGUGAUAUUGAGAGUUAGAAACAAUCUGAUAAAUUGGUGGGGCAAGAAGCUACUUGCCUGUGGUAUGAUUGUAAGUGCACUAAUAUUCUCUUUGUCUUCUACCCACCUGACUUCUACAGUCUGGAGUUCUCUCCAGGGGAACAGUUCCAUUUAGAUUAGGGCAUCUGUCAAAUGGUGCUCUAUGGAAAUUCAUGUGACCUCCAAGGGGGAAAUGUUGUAAUCCUUGGAAGCUGUUUUGGGCAACACAGGUGGUGAAAAUGGACAUUGCUGGCUUUUUAUUUUUGCAGAAAGCUGGCUCCGCUUAAAGCAGGAUGGAUGGAUGGAUGUAUACAUAGAUGUAUACACAUGGAUAGAUAAAUAGGUAGAUAACAAAAUAGAGCCUGGAAAUCAUACCCUGUGGUUGAAUUAUCAUAGAAGAACAUUUAAAAACAAUUAUUGUCUUCCUUACCCAUAAACCCACUUAAAAUAGCCAGGCUACUGCCACCACUUUUACAAUGUAGUCUUUGUAGAACUAUAUUUCAUUAAAUGCCAGCCCUGAAUUUCUAAAUGCCCAGUAAGAAUAUAAUUAUUGAAGCUACACAAAGUCCCUUAAUAAUUUAACUAAGUACUGUCACUAGGAAGUACUUUUAGGGCUUAGAGCAAAACCUAGCAAUAGAGGUAAAAUUAAAAGGUAAAUCCUAAAAAACAGAAUGUUUGUAGCAGUGAGAAGAGAAAAGGAGAAAAAAAUAGGUAAGUAUUGUGUUGCACCUUAAAUUUAAAAAAAUAAAUAAUAGUUGGUCAAAAAUAAGUCUGGAGUUGUCUUUAAUGGGUGCUUAAGUAGAAUAUCCAUGUCAUUUGUCAUGUAUACUGGUGGAAAGUAAAACUGGAAAGGGUUACUAUCAGUGAUUACACCUGGAUGAGAGGCAUAGACUGGAACCAUCCCGGGCAAACUUGGAGGGGAGUCAUCAUGGUUAGGAUAAAAUUGAAGGGUAAUGUACAGGACUGAGUAUGGAGUUGGGACCAGAACUGAACCCCCACACAGAAAGAAACUAGGGCUGUCAGAUGAAAUCGUGAAGACCUCUGAGCAUACAGCUGAAGUGACAGCCUUGGUGGUGGUCACACAGCUGCCAGGUGUGAGCAAUGACAUUCAUUUCCACAUGACUUGUCCUUGCUGGUUCUUCCCUAAAGGGCUCAACUAUGUACAAAAUGUAACCAUGUUUGCUCUCCAAAAGUCAAUGAGGGUUUUAACCCCCAAGGUAAUGUCCUGUGCACAAAAGGGUCACAACUCCUUAAUUAGAGGACAGCUGCCUUAGUAACACCUCAGUUAAGGAUUGAGGCUGUGUUCUACAAUCAUCAGGGAGAAGACACUCUAAAAAAUACUAGGCUUAUUUUAUUUAAAUCUUU